AUGAGACAUAUUGAAAGUUGUCAUCCAAAAAUGAAAGAGGAAGAGAAAGAUAAGGCCAAAUCCAAACAUUGCAUUUUGUGCAAAGGAAAGAUGAAGAGCAGCUCAAACACCUCUAGGGACAAGUGUUCAUAUUGUAAACGUUUAAAGAAAGCUAUUAAUGGUGUAAAGGAUACCUUACGAGAUAGUAGUAAGGAACGAAUCUUGUUGAAACUUAAUAAAGGCGGGGUGAAGGUAAACUACGAAGGGACAUCAAAAAGAACGAAAGACAAAGUGGACAACAUAUCAAAAAAAGAUAACAGCGGAAAUACGACAACUAAGGAUGCCAAAGUGAAAGAAGACAAUGAAAGCAGUUCUGAAGAAGACGCAUAUGUUUCACUCACUGAUGUUCACCUAUUAAUAAAAGAGCAGUACAUCGACACUAAACUUGAGUCGGACUGA